UAAAUUUUAAUGUGAACACAAGGCAAUAUAGUUUUACCUUUUUGUAAAUAACUGUAGUUUUCGUUUUACCGUUGGAAGAAAGCACAGAGAAACAUAGAAAGCGUUGCGGCCGCAAAGUAACCCUGAAAACUUAAACCCUCACUUGCCACUCUUUAGCAUUAGCAAUGGCCGAAGCUUCCGUAACGGUUGGAGGCAAGGCUUCUUCUCUCUCUUCCUCCUCCGUCUUCGCUGUCGCCACGGGCCUCGCUCACGUGCGGAUCGACUCAUCCGCGCUCGAUAGACUCUCCAAGACCACCGCCACGGAAACGACGUCGUCUCAGCACCGCAUCUGCGUCCCCGAUUUCCUAACCCUAGAGGAAUCCCGCGCCUUCCUUCUGGUCCUCCUCAACAACCUCGUCCUCUCCAACGCCCCCUCCCGCAUUCCCCUCCUCCUAUCCCAAACCCUCAAUUCCAAUCCUCCCACCUUCCAAUUCCUCGAUGCUGACGUCACCCAACCAGACCUUCUCACCUCUUCCACGCUGCUCGCUGUUUCCGCCAUUCUCGACCGCCAGUCCGCCGCGCUCUCCGCCUUCGCCGACGUCGCCGCCGCCUUCUCCUGUGAGGCCUUGAAGGCCGACAUAGCGCCCUUCAAUUUGAUGGAUUCCGGCGACGGACACGCCUCCAAGGCCGAGGUCGCCGUCGCCGCCGACAUGCGGGUUCUGCUCAACGGAUCCAAGUCCGUCGGCAAGGAGAAUAUUCGAUCCGUCGCGAGGGUUCCCAAGGUUCACGGGAGUGUGAGGGAGCAGGCCAAAGCCGUGCACUCGAGAAUGCGUGUUGAGUUGAAUUCGGGGGUUAAGGGUGUUGUUGUUGGGAGUGAGGAAGCUGUAUGCACUGUGCUGUUGCCGUUGGCUGCAGCACUGAAAGAACUUGGUGAGUGUAGUUUCGCACGUGCCAAGAGUAAUUCGGAGGUUAUUGGUGGUGAUGGUUUGAGAUUGGGCAUUGGGGAGGUGUUUGGGAAGGAAUGCCCCACUCAGGAUGGUUUGAGCAGUGGUUUAAAUAAGGCUGUGAACUUGUUUCUGGGAAAGGAGUAUGGUAAGUUUGCACACGAGGUCUUUGUGAUGUUUGGACUUGUGUGGAAAGUUGUGGUGUGGGAAGCUGUGACGGCGGUUGCGGUGCUUGAGGCUGCUGAGUUGAAUGAUGUGAUCCUAGGUGUCAAGGAAAUGAAAGUAGAGGGGAACACGAAAGUAGAGGAGAAGAAGAAGAAGAAGAAAGUUGUUUUGGGGAAAGGGACUAGCUCGAUUUUGGCAUUGAUCAAGGAGAGGUUACUGAGUGGUCGAGAGAUAGCUUUAGGGACUUGGGUGGCAGAUUUUCUAUCACUUUUGGAUUUGGCUAAACCUGAGUUUAAUGAAUUUUUAUUGAAAGUAAAGGAUGUUGUAGAGAGCAAUGAAAGCAGGAGAUUACCCAAGAUUCCUAAGGGGACUCGUGAUUUUGCUAAAGAACAAAUGACAAUUAGAAAGAAAGCUUUUCUAAUAAUAGAAGAAGUUUUUGAGAGGCAUGGCGCAACUGCCUUAGAUACUCCUGUUUUUGAAUUGCGAGAAACUCUCAUGGGAAAAUAUGGAGAAGAUUCGAAGUUGAUUUAUGAUCUUGCUGACCAGGGUGGGGAGCUUCUUUCUUUGAGGUAUGACUUGACAGUUCCAUUUGCUAGGUUUGUGGCUAUGAAUGGUCUGACAUCUUUCAAAAGGUACCAAAUAGCCAAGGUUUACAGAAGGGAUAACCCAUCUAAGGGAAGAUACCGUGAAUUUUAUCAAUGCGACUUUGAUAUUGCUGGUACUCCUACUCCAUCUGAAAUUAUGGGUCCGGACUUUGAGGUUGUUAGGAUUUUGACUGAACUACUUGAUGAGCUGGACAUCGGGGAAUAUGAGAUAAAGUUGAAUCAUAGAAAGUUACUGGAUAGCAUGAUGCAAAUAUGUGGUGUACCUCCUGAAAAGUUUAGAACAAUAUGUUCAAGCAUUGACAAGUUAGACAAACAGUCUUUUCAACAGAUAAGAAAAGAAAUGGUGGAAGAAAAAGGAUUAACUGCUGAGACAGCUGACAGAAUUGAAACUUUUGUUAAAGAAAAAGGAUCUCCUUUAGCAUUAUUAUCUAAAUUUAAACAAGAGGGUAGUGAUUUCUCAAAACACAAAGGAGCUUCUGAAGCAUUGAAAGAGCUGGAAAUUUUAUUUAUAGCUCUGGAAAAAUCAAAACGCAUUGAUAAAGUGGUUUUUGACUUGAGUCUUGCCAGAGGUCUGGAUUAUUACACUGGAGUUAUAUUUGAAGCUGUUUUUAAAGGAGGCACUCAGGUUGGUUCAAUUGCUGCCGGUGGCCGAUAUGAUAACCUUAUAGGGAUGUUUGGCUCAAGGUCAGUGCCUGCAGUUGGUGUAAGUCUGGGAAUUGAGAGAGUAUUUGCCAUAAUGGAGCAACAACAGAAGAAUCUGAACCAGAUGGCUCGUCCGACCAAGACAGAAGUCUUAGUGAGCAUAGUGGGGAAUGACUUUACACUUGCUGCAGAGCUAGCAGGAGAACUGUGGGAUGCUAGGGUGAAAGCAGAAUUCUUGGUCAAUAAAAGAAGAGCGAAACACUUCGAAUAUGCAAAAGAAUCAAGGAUCCCUUGGAUGGUACUUGUUUAUGAGCAGGAAAUAAAAGAAGGCGUGGUGCAAUUGAAAAAUCUCGAGGCCAACAUCGAUAUUAAGAUUUCUAGAGCAGAAUUUGUGGAGGAACUUCGGAGACGGUUAUACCCUUAAGGUCCCCAGUAUAUGCCGGAGCCAACUUUGUAGUUCCACAUUCAUUUUGACAUCAGAAUUUUGAAGGAGUACAGGUUUUGAUGACAUUUGGUGUUUGUUUCAUGUUCCUUUACCAAAUUUAAUUGCGCAAAUGACAUGUUUUAUCCCGACUUAAGCUGUAAAUUGAUGGUCCCUUUUAUCCCAUGGUACCAUUACUUUUCCGCCGUUUUUUUUGUUUUACUGCCUUAA